UAAAUUUCACCAUAUACCAAUUAAUCUAUUUACCAUUUUAUUUCCCCCCUCCCAAUCGAACAAAUAAUCAAUCAAUCUCAAUCAACAGGAAGAAACGCAGCGAGAGAGAGAGAGAGAGAAUGGUGAGCGCAUCGUCGUCAUCAGCAAUCGUAAACACAUACCCAUUAUCGAGCUACUCUUUUGGUACCAAAGAACCCAAAAUGGAAAAAGAUACUUCUGUUGCCGAUCGUCUUGCUCGUAUGAAACUCAACUACAUGAAAGAAGGUAUGAGGACCAGUGUCGAAGCAAUCUUACUGGUGCAAGAGCAUAAUCAUCCUCACAUUCUUCUUCUGCAAAUCGGCAACACAUUCUGUAAACUUCCUGGUGGCCGACUGAAACCAGGAGAGAAUGAAAUUGAUGGCCUGAAAAGGAAACUGUCAAGCAAACUCGCUGCUAAUUCACCUAAUAUGCAACCAAAUUGGCAGAUUGGCGAGUGUGUGGCUGUAUGGUGGAGGCCAAACUUUGAAACUAUUAUGUACCCAUAUUGCCCUCCCCAUAUCUCAAAACCGAAGGAAUGCAAGAAACUCUAUGUUGUACACUUGUCAGAAAGGGAGUAUUUUGCCGUGCCCAAAAAUCUGAAACUUCUUGCUGUUCCAUUGUUUGAGCUUUACGAUAAUGUUCAGAGAUAUGGACCAGUAAUUUCAACUAUACCGCAGCAGCUUUCAAGAUUUCAGUUCAACAUGAUCCAUGCAUAAGUUUGUAUCAGAUUAAUGGUGUUUCCUUCCAGGAGCUUUAAAUUCUAUUAGUAUUCAGAAGUUAUCGUUAUUUUACGAACUUGAUCCAGAUAUCAUGACCAUUACUUUUAUCUAUGAGGGGUAGAGAGAGACCAUAGACACUAUUGACUUGUAUGUUAUGCUAUGUUGCGUUCUGCUUGGAAAUUUCUGUUUGUUUGUAACUCCUAUCUGGAUAGGAAUAGUUCAGGCAGGCCCUUCUUUGUACAAGGGAUUUGCAGUUGAUGUACUUUGUCUUAAGUGUCAUUUUUAUCUGAGAGAAAGGCUUCCUCAUGUUUUUAA